CAGGUCAAUCCAAAAAUCUAUAGAUAAGAAACCACGUCAAUUAAGCACAUAUGUAACUAGUUAAAACAUAUUUAAGUAUAGAACGAUGGUUCGGAAUAGGAAGACCGUUCAUAUUCAGCACACACAUCGCGGAAAUGCGACUAGUAGUAGCUCAGCAAGCAGUGAGACGGGCACGGGUAGUCGCACGUUAAAAGUGCUCUCAGGAUGGAAAACUGUGAUAGGUUUCGUGUGUUUUACUGUUGCUGUGUAUGUUGGGACUCUAGGCUACUUAGAAACGAGGGUGAACACACCUUUUAGCGAUGAGAAGAUAGUAUCGGAGACGGGUCUGGGCGUCCCGAGCCGGUACUGGGGCUCAUAUCGGCCAGGAGUGUACAUGGGCAUGAAGAGCCGAGAGCCUCGCUCACCCGUCUUCGGCCUCAUGUGGUACGACUUGACCAGUGUUGCGCAGAAGGGCAUAAGGCACUGGUGCGACCAGGGCGACAACCUGCCCUCCUACGGCUGGCUCCACCACGACGGUGUGCAUUUCGGGGAGCAACGUAUAGAGGACCCGCCGCACGAGAUGUUCACCAGCUUCGUCAAAACCCCAGGCGGGGAGCACGGGGGGCACUGGACUGUUCGCAUCAAUGUUACUGCUAAGAACAAUGUGUACGCGCCCUAUGUACUAGUGUGGUAUGGAGCCCUAGACGAGUCUCUCGGGCGCGCGGGGCCGCUCUCGCGGCUCUGGCUCGAGGGCGGAGCCCUGCACGGACAUACGCCUCAGCUCCACAACUUUAGGGUCAACUUGGUACCACUACACGGCAAGGUCCUCCACACAUCGUUUUCUGAAGGUCACGCACCAGGGCUCCAUCUUCUGAAGGAGAAGUUCUACUCUCUUUUGAAAGCUGAGGCGCAUCCUACUUUCGGCAAAAUAGCUGUGCUUAGCCCUGACGACGAAUUGAGGAACAAGGAUGCAGAAGUAAACUUCGUACCAAUCCAGAUGAUAGUGGAACCCCCCUUCGUUAUGGACGUAGUGUUCACUAUAGAGGACCUCCCCACCCCCGCUCUGAAGGGGGAGGAGUAUACCAGGGUGUUAGAAGACAAGAAGAGAAUCUUCAACGAAGAAUUUGAACGUAAAUUUGGCUUAAGAGAGAAAAAUUAUACAGAUCAGGACAUCAGCAUAGCUCAAGCGGCUCUGUCAAACAUGAUCGGAGGUAUAGGCUAUUUCUACGGCGCGGGUCGCGUUCAGUCACAGUACACGAGAGAACCGGUGCCUUACUGGAGGGCCCCUCUAUACACCGCUGUGCCUAGCAGAUCCUUCUUCCCCCGAGGGUUCCUCUGGGACGAGGGUUUCCACGGACUCCUCAUCCAGCGCUGGUCUCCAGACAUCCAGAUGGACAUAGCUGCUCACUGGCUGGACCUGAUCAAUGUCGAAGGCUGGAUCCCCAGGGAGCAAAUACUUGGAACUGAGGCCCUAGCAAGAGUACCCAAAGAAUUCGUAGUCCAAAGUAACGCAGCAGCCAACCCUCCCAUGCUGCUGCUAACCAUCGCCCAUCUAGUCAAAACACAGCCUCAACUCUUCCAAGCGCAGUGGCCGUUACGAAGAACUCUCGAGCGCAUGUUCACCAGACUCCAGACCUGGUACCAGUGGUUCCUGUCGUCACAAAAGGGGGAUGAACCCACGACCUACCGCUGGCGGGGCCGGGUCGACGACGGCCUGCAACUCAACCCUAAGACGCUGACUUCGGGGUUGGAUGACUAUCCAAGAGCGUCACACCCGUCAAAUAUAGAGCGUCAUGUAGACUUGCGUUGUUGGAUAUAUGCCGCUGCUGACGCUAUGGCCACGAUAGCUGAUGUUCUACAGAGGGACACUACCAGGUUCGAAGCGACUCGAGAUCAAUUAGGCGAUGAGGAACUACUAAACCAGCUACACUGGUCGCCGCACACACAGACUUAUGCGGACUACGGGUUACACACUGACGGCGUCCGGCUGGUCCGGCAGCCGGCUAAACGUCCGGGCGAGACCGCUAAAGUGGUCCGGAGCGUCACUGUACCGCCGGAAACCAAAUUGGUUACUUCAGCUUUUGGCUACGUAUCCCUCUUCCCAAUGCUGCUUAAAGUACUGAAACCCGACAGUGAAAACCUGGGCAAGAUAUUAAGAGAUCUGGACAAGCCAGACCUGCUGUGGUCUAAAUUUGGACUCAGAUCAUUAUCAAAAUCAUCGCCUCUGUACAUGAAACGGAAUACCGAACAUGAUCCGCCAUAUUGGCGCGGCCAAGUCUGGAUCAACGUGAAUUAUCUAGCGCUAGCCGCUCUCAAGCAUUACUCCAGGGAGGGGCCGCACGCUGUGCGAGCGAGACAGCUGCACGACAGACUGAGAGAGAACGUUGUCCGGAACCUCCUGUCAGAAUACCGUCGCACGGGUUACUUCUGGGAGCAUUAUUCUGACGUGGACGGUCACGGCGCCGGAUGCCGGCCCUUCACCGGAUGGACCGGCUUACUACCUCUAAUAAUGGCCGGGGAAUACUAGCUGUUAUCUAUAUCGGCAGCCUGGACAUAUAGUGAAACUAUAAAAUUGAGUCGACGAAGCCCCGCUAUGCUGGGGUCAUUUUUCUAUAUUUAAAAUUGCAAACGGGACUUAAUCGCGUAUUUACUAUGUUUUAAAAACUAACCUCCUAAUUUUUCUAGUUCUUUGCCCCAUAAACCCGUAACACUUGUGUCAUUUAUAACAACAAAUAAAACGCAUAAUAUUAUCUCGCCCCCAGACUCGACGAAGCCCCGCGAUGAGGGGCUCAUUUUCUGGCGGUGAUAAACGAUUUUUUUACUAUUUACGCACGGAUAUUAAUAUCCUAUCGUGAAGUGAAAAAUAUUGUAUGCCCUUUGUCGACGUGACCCCGCUACGCUGGCCUCCUUUUUAUAUAUUUUUAUAUAUAGCGAGACCCUAUACACAUUAAUUUCUUAGUUGCAAACACUCCCUACGGUCGUGUUUUAAAUCGAUACUAGUUACGAAUUUCCUUUUCGCACGUGUAUCGUACGACGUUUUUCAGUACAGAUGGCCAUCCGAAGUUUCGACCUGACAUAUAAUGAACCACUUCUCGCACAGUGUGUAAAAAACACGAUCUUUACUGAAAAAUAAUAAUCUCUUCCCUUCAAUCGACAAAGCCACGCGCGGGGCUUCUACUUUUCUAUAGUUCUCUUUUGCUCUCUUAAAUUAUUUUUUAAUCGAUGGCCUUAAAAAUGUAUGCAGCAAUAAUGUUAACAGUCUUCAAACCAGCACAUGUUUUUAGCUUGUAAGUUUUACGGUCCGGCCACGACAUUGGUCUAAGCGCGACAGCGGUGAGCGGCGGCCAUACAUUGGAGCGAGACACAGCGAUGGGACUUUUCAUUCGCACGUAUGGCUGCUCACCGCUGUCGCGCUUAGACCAAUGUCGUGGCUGGGCCGUUAGUGAUAUUUGUAUAUAAAGUGAUUGUAAAAAUUAUUUUAUGUUUAUUUUAUGAUAAGAUCAAGAAUUAAUAUAAUGUCAAUAGGCAAUGCAACGUGUUAAAUUAAUGUUUAAAAAUUAGAACAUUCAAAUUAUGGACAUAUUUGUGUUAUUGAGUAUUAUAGAGAGUUACAAUCAAAGUAAAAUAUGUAGUCACAGUGCAUAGACUGCCAUCUCUCGACACAAGCUUAAAACUUUUAAGCGUAAAUUUUGACAAUUUGGCCCAUAUUCUU